AUGGGAGCCUCGGAGUCGAAGCUUGUGUUCAAGCAGGGCAUCUUCCGCUUAUCCGAGGAGAAGGAGAUCCCCGCAGACGACCCUUACUGGACGAGAUUCUGGGAACUCCCCGAAUCUACAGAAGACGUCUUCAGCUUGUUCACACCUGCUGAUAUUCGACGAACGCGCGACCAUGCCUUAUCAAACUUCGAAACGCUGAUACUCUCGGUCUCUUCGCGGCUUAUUGUCCUGAAAAAUCACCCUUCGUUCCCAGACCCCGAUCUCGCCCCCGAUCGCGAUGUGCUCAACUGUAUUCGCAUCCUCACCCGGCUCCUGCCAUUUGUCUACGAAGCCGAGCAUUUAGAAGACUGGGAAGAGAAGUUCUUUUGGGCGCGUCGCAGAAGAAAGACUAGACAGUCUCAGAUUGCAGGCGAAGUGCUCUUUGACGAUGCGCAGCCGGAGGAUCAGCAAGACGGGCCCUCACCCCACGGGGAGGAAUAUGAAGACGUGAAGCCUCUUGCGGAGGAGUUGAUCGAUACGCUGCUGGACUUGCUCUUUUUCGCCGACUUCACGAUUCCAGUGCUUCCAACCGCCAAAAGCAAGAUCUCAUACUCGAUAUGGCAAAGUGGUGUCGGAUGCAACACAUCUAUGGGAUCCAACAAAACUCUUGAAAGCAACCGAUGCGAGAUUCUGCGGCUACUGUUGACGAUGACCGGAAAGGCAAUGUACUUGCCGUCCAGUACGCUUCCCGUACAAGGUGUGCGGGCCAUCACAUACAUCACCACUUGCCAGGACAAGCAGGCUGUUUUGACCACAUUAUGCUCUCUUUUGAACACGGCUAUGAAAUAUAACCCUGCAUCAUGGAGGGUUCCAUAUGACCACGUGGUAUGGAAAGAUCCUAAGCAGAUACUUGUCAUCUACUGCUUACAGCUUCUUCUUGUUCUCCUCCUCUACCCCAUUCCGGAGGAUGGUCGUGGUACUCCUCCAAAGAAUUACUAUCGCCACUAUUUUGGUAGGCUACAUAGGCCCCAGGACUUCCAGUUCCUCGUGGAUGGCAUGACCAGAAUUUUGAACCAGCCCAUGCAGUCUACAAGUUCUUAUCUCCCGGGAAGCCAAAGAACGGUGAAAUGGGCACCAGAGAUCUUGAUUCUGUUCUGGGAGACCUUGCAGUGCAACAAGCGUUUCAGGUCAUUUAUCAUCGAUUCCAAUCGCUCGCAUGAUUUCAUGAUCCUUUGCAUAUUCUAUGCAAUGGAAUACAGAGCGGAUGCGUCUAAGCAAGGAGUGGUUCGGAUGUGUGUUUUCAUUCUGCAAACGAUGAGUGCAGAGCCGACUUUCGGCAAAAGUCUUAAUAUCAGUUUUGAGGCACAGGAAACCCUGCCACUGUCUAUUCGACAGCAGAAAUUCCGAGGCUCUUAUGCUGAUUAUCUCAUUAUGUCAAUCCAUACGUUGAUGACAACCAGCAAAGGAAACCUCGACACGGUCUACCCCGCCCUCAUGGUCAUCCUGAAUAACGUCGCCCCUUAUAUACAGCAUAUCUCUGCCGUGACCUGUCCCAAAAUCAUCCAACUAUUCUCUUCUAUGUCUGCGCCUAGCUUUUUGUUGGCGAACGAGACAAACCAUACUCUUCUUGCAUCAUUGCUUGACUUCAUCAAUGCUAUUCUCGAGCAUAACUUUACCGAAAACCGGUAUCUCGUUUACGCGAUUUUGAAGUACAAGCAACGAUUUGAAGCAAUUCGAGCUUUCACGCUCGAGAGCGGCCAACAAGAGAUUGAACGACAGAGAGAGAAAAGGAAAGCCAGAGAAACCCCAGCCGACAUAAUCAGUAGUCCCUCGCUUUCUCAUUCCGAGGAGGACCUGCACACCCCUUCGGGUGCUCGUUCGCCUUUGACUCGGAUUCCUGAAGAAAACAGUGCAUUCGCAAUUGGCGAUGACGAUUCGGACGAUGACGGAGAAGACACUCCGUCCCAGUCUUCACCCUCUGCCCAAACUUCUCGCAGACCUUCUUUUGCUUCGACUACCGACGAGAAUGGCUCACAGUUGCGAGGCAUGUCCGAGAAGGCACGCGGUAAGAUGCCCGCCGGUCGCCCGUCCUUCUCUCGCCAGAAUAGCAUGACCAGCCAAACAAGCAUGUCUGCUCUAUUCAUUGCCUCAUCGACUGGCUUUACACCAACUGUUUCCUGGCUCGAAUCCUGGCUUCCUGAGUUACCUCUGCAUACAAUUCUCACCAUCAUUUCCGCCAUUGCACCUCACAUUCCGGAGGCUGCUUUACAGACUACUGCAAGUCCCGAGGCUCGUACUCUGAUUAGCAAUCUUCCAUCUUUUGCCGAGGAGCCGCAGGUCAAGAGCAUCAUUUCAGAGCCGACCCCGGUCCGUGCUCAGGCAUUUGAGUGGACCGCUCUCUCCAUGGGCUGGUAUGAGUCGCUCCUCUGGGGUUUCAUCUUCUCUAGCGAGAUGGUAGUUGGCUCCGCUGCGGGUGCGACCCCGGGUACCGUCGGUGUUUGGAAUAGUACCGCAAUUCGUCUGUUUAGAGUUCAAGAGGCUGCUGCUCAAGGGCCGACUCUUUUAGCUCCGAAGGGUGCCGUGGAUGCAGUUGGUAGCAACUUGGUGCAGCGAAUUGGAAACCUCAGCCUGCGCGGGCGUAACUCAACAUCCCAGGAACCUGCCACUGGUCAAGCCCCGAGUGUGAGGGAAGUUUAG